AUGCGAUGCUCCGUGAAACGCUCCCUCACGGCUGCACUUGCAGCCUCCUUCCUCCUUCUCCUCCUCCUCCUCCAUGGGGGCAGCCGGCAGGAACAGGAUCCCCUGGAGGGGGGGCUUAGGGGCUUUGCCCCAGACCCAGUCCUGCAGCCGGAAGGAGCCCAGCGCAUCCUCAGGGACAUGGAUGACCUCUCUGCACUCCACAAUGUCUCCUACCACCUCCUCGCUGGCUCCCUGUCACCCCACAAAAAAUUCUUGACGGUGGGAUUGGCAUCGGUGCGGCGGCCGCGUGGCUACUACCUCCCGGCCACACUCCAGUCCCUCUUCAAGCAGUCGACGGAGGAGGAGCUGCAGGAGAUGGUGGUGGUGGUGCACCUGGCCGACGCGGACCCCAUCUGGAAUGUGCGCGUGGCCACCAACAUCGCCCGUAAGUUUGCUCACCACAUCCUCCUGGGCCGGCUCCUGCUUAUCCACGCUCCCCAUGAGUUUUACCCCACCCUGGAGGGCCUCAAAAGAAACUACAACGACCCGGAGGAGCGGGUGAGGUUCAGGUCCAAGCAGAAUGUGGACUAUGCCUUCCUCCUCGCCUUCGCUGCCAACCUCUCCUCCUACUACUUGAUGAUUGAGGAUGAUGUGUGGUGCGCCAAGUCCUUCUUGACGGCCAUCCGCAAGGCACUGGCUUCCCGUGAGGGCUCCUACUGGGCCACCCUUGAGUUCUCCAAGCUGGGCUACAUCGGUAAGCUCUACCGCUCCAGUGACCUUCCUCGCCUGGCUCGCUUCCUCCUCCUCUUCUACCAGGAGAUGCCCUGCGACUGGCUGCUGGUCCACUUCCGCCUCCUGCUCACCCAGAAGGAUGUCAUCCGCUUCAAGCCCUCCCUCUUCCAGCACAUGGGCCUCUACUCCUCCUUCCAGGGCACCGUCAACCGUCUGGAGGACGAUGAGUUCCAGGCCGAUGCCUUGGACCUUCCGGACAACCCACCAGCGGCCUUGUUCACCAGCAUGUCCGUCUUUGAGAACUAUGAGCCCCUCAAGGCUUACAGCACAGCAGAGGGGUAUUUUUGGGGGAAAGACCCAGCAGCCGGCAGCGUCUUCUCCAUCGUCUUCCAGCAGCCGGCGCAAGGCAGUCACCUCGGAGUGCAGACAGGCACAAACCAGUGCCAGGGGACCCACCUGCAGUGCCGAAACACCCGAGUGCCGUAA